UUCUUCAUAGCGUAAACAGUGAAUCACGGUAAAAUAUGCCGUCUUAUUAGCGACUAAGGACAUCCUCGGUCUAAAAAACAUGUUAUUGUUACGAGUGUUCAGCGAACAGGUGCGGCAUUUUCAGGGAAAACUCGGUAUUUUCAACGGGUUUAAGCCUAUAAACGCGAGUAACAAGGAUGUCCUGUGACCGAGAGGGCGCCAGGAGAAAUGCCCGUGAGCACGGGAGUACAGCAGGUCUCGGUCCUACAUCAUCAGGGUGGAGGUGCGGGAUUGGAACCGCCCAGGAAGAGGUGCAAACUCUGCGAUGAAUCCAGUCACCGUAGUGAUCCAAGCAGCGGAUACUGGACACUCCAACUCGACCGAGACUUGGUCGAUACCAUCUCCGCCAUAUACCCGGAGUGGUUCAAGGACACCACCAACAAGAUGGCGGACGGUAGGGCGGCGGGAGGCGAGGGCGGGGCCACGGGCGGCCGCCCGUCCUCGCCGUUCCGAGAGUCGCCCCCCAAGGCGGUCAUCGAUACGUCGCCCAUCCACAUGGAUCAAAAUAAAGAAUCCCUCAAAGUGAAACUGCUUUUAAGGAGGCCCCUGGAUCAGCUGGUGGCACAGGGUAUAAUGCCUCCACAUGGACAGCGAAGAUCGGCAGAACGCGCAAAAACCGGCGACAUCCUCAAAGCAAAGAUCCAGCAGCGCCCACCUCGGCAAGAACUCGAACGACGUCACAUUCUGGAGGCUGAGGCCCAACACGCCGAUCCCAGCUUAGCAGAAAGACAGCGCAUGCUCAAAAAAGCACGGCUGGUCGAUCAACUAAACGAUCAACUGUCACACCGACCUGGACCCCUCGAGCUCAUCCAGAAGAAUAUUCUCCACACGGAAGAGCCCAUCGAGCAAGCUGUAAAGACUGGAAAGAUCCCAUACAAAGCGACCAGCGAAGGUGCUUUAAAAAGACCCCAGCAUCCCCAAAACUAUAUUAAUCCCGAAGAAGACUCGCAAGGGAGUUCUGAGGGUGAUACGGCCGUGUUGACUUCGGAUGUGCUUGAGACCGCUGCUAAAUCCGCGGGCAUUGUCGUGUCACUUAUGCCGCCUAGUGAGGGUACUGUGGUGCUUACGACCGCUCCUUCCGGAUUGAUUAAAGACCACAGUGACAUUGUGUUUACGGAACUGUGUAGACCUUUGUUAUCCCAAAACAGUGCAUCAAGUCCUACAGCGUCGUUGGCGUCUUCUAUUUCAACUUUAAGUCCAAUAUCGUCGGUUGCGAGCCCUGUGCCCUGCAUAGUUUCGCAACCCGCCACACCUAUUCCUGUACCACCUCCACCACCGCCACCUUUAAGCACAAGAGUAAUUCCGAGCAACAAGUGCGACGCUCCCGGCAAGGACAAAAACAGGAAAAAAUCUAAAAGCAAAUCAGUACCGAAGGCAAGGACUAUUAAAUUUCACGAGUAUAAAGGCCCACCGAGUGCUCAAAAAAGCAGUAGCAGUAGUAGCGCCUCUUCAGAGAGCAGCUACGAUCUCCUGUUGAAGCAACAGACUUUAUUGUUACAAUUUCAGCUUCAGUUACAACAUAAAUUUCCCCAAAUUAUUUUGCCAGCUGCACAAAAAUCAACCAGUGAGAGCUCCAACUGUAGUAGUGUCAGUAAUAGCAAUAGUAUACCCAAUAGUAAUAUAAAUGUAUCGCAACCCUCACCCGCCCCCUCUACAAGUUCAGAGUCAUCAACAGUAACUCCAAGGAUAACGGGGAAGCUUGAAGAUAUGAAAGUAAGCGAUUUGAAAGCAGAACUCAAGAGACGCAACUUGCCAGUAUCUGGCAGUAAACCACAACUUAUUGAAAGGCUAAAGUCAUCGACGAAUCAAACCCAGAAUAGUGACACAAUAAAUCAUAAUCCUAAUUCAGUGGAUUCUUCAAUUCACAGUAACGCUAGUAUGGAUCAAUGUCACAAUAGUCCUCCAUUCCAAGACUUGGGUUCGCCACAUGAAUCAGUCAAAGAGGAAAAUUCUGAUUAUAUGGAUGUUGGUGAUCCGCUUAGCCCACAGUCUCAAUUUCAAGAACAAAAAUCUAAGGAAGACCUUGUGCGGGAGCAACAAAGGCAAAUCGAAGAGCUUCAACGUGAAUUAACUAUAAGCCAGAGGAAGUUGCAAGAGUUGAACAGUACGAGAACUGAACCGAAUACACAACUUUUACUCCAAAAGCACUUACAGCAAAAGCAACAGCAGGCGCAACAGCAGCAGCAAAAUAUUGCUUUGCAGAUGCGGCAGCUGCAGGCACAAGCGAAGCAAGCUCAGAUAAACGAAGAGCAACAAAGGUUGCAACAACAGCAACACAUCGCUUUCCAGAACCAAAAGAACCUCAAUGCGGGGCUAAUGUUUAAUGGCGAUCAAAAGAAUGUUGCGCUAUUACUGAACGGUGCUAAUCCGGCUCUGGUGUAUCAAAUUAUGCAAUGUAAGCCAACCAAGUUAGUUAAUGGACAUACAAGAACGGCUUCUUUGCCGAAUUUUAUUCUUACAGAGGCUGACGUUAAGAGGGAGUAUAUAGAGGACGUUAAGCAAACACCUGAGAUUAAGAUAGAGUAUAGCGAUAUUAGCCAAAGCCCCAAGGCUCCGCCGUUAUACGAGGAAGCCACGAAGGAAAUGAAUAAGAAGAAUAACAUCAAAAGUCAAACUGUUGAUGAUGUUUUGGAAAUUCUUAUUAAAAACGGUGAACUACCACCAAGUGCUGCUUCCUACCCUUCGACACCGGGAUCUGCAGGGACUAAGAAUCAAGAACCUCUCUAUCCAAAUAUGCAAAGUGUCAUCACCGAUUUAGAAAAUAAUAUCCAGAUGAUGCAUAAUAGUCCAGAUCAUUCUGCCUUAUCUGGCAUUGAUCCAACAGAACUUUUGGAUUCUUUAGAUUUAGAAAAUAUGGACUUUAAUCAACUGAUGGAGUUUGGAAAUAAUUGCACACAAUCCAAUGAUAAUAUUAACUCAGAGACUGACAUGGAACACAAUAUAGUGCCUAUGGAUACUGAUGAAUGGUUGCAAGCCUUAGAUAAUGGUUACAGUAGUGGGACAAACGGUAGUAGUUGUAUGACAAUUAUUAAUGGUCAGGAUGGUAGUCAGGAUUUAGGUGGGGCUUAUGACCCUCUACUUAGUGUUGGUCAUCACUUUGAUCCAUUCGACCUAGAAGAAUAUCGGCCUGCUGCAGAUAUACCGAUCGAUUGGGGUAAAGCAGAUUAUGCGACAUAGCUCGUAUUACAAAAGGGCUUCUGAGGAAAAAGUCUUUUUAAAGAAGGGUUGUUAGACGUGGCUGUGUUGGAACAAUUCGAGAUAAUUGGUGCUAAAAAUUUUGUAAAAUAUUUUUUUUCUCUAAAGUGACUUUGUCCUCUACACUCAGGUUAAUUUCUUAACUCGAUCAAAUCGGGUCAAGACUCAUAACCCGUCGACAAGUACAAUGUCUUUCUCAAAUUAAGUGUGAUAAAAUUAUGGAACGUCUCAAAACAAAACUAAAAAAACUAUCCGCUAAGCAGCAAGGUCGCAAUUUUCAUUUUCCGUAAGCUUUUUAUUCCACAAGGGUGUGCCUUCGAUUCCGGUUUCAAAAGACAUUCCACGUUAGCAGUUGACCGUCGAAUCGCCAUCGGAACUUGCAAGAUGGCGCCGGGACCAUUAUGACGGUCAAAUAACCACAACAUUGCCGGGUCGCUUGCCACAUCUUAGGAUACGGCUACACUCACCAGGUGCCAUCAAGGAGAUGGGUUGUAAGUGUAGCCCAUUCCUUAAAGUUGUAAUUUCUAUACCUUGCAUUGUUUUUCGUGUAUAUAAUGAAGUUAUUUAAUAGCGUGUGUAUAUAUUAAAUUAUUUUCUUUUUUUUUGGGCAACUUUGGAAGAUAUAUGCGGUAAGUGGCAAGAGAUUGGUAAUAAACAGGAUGCUCUUGAAAACUUAAGGGAAGUUUAAUGAAAUAUGGUUCUAUUAUCGGUACAAGUUUCGUGGACUUAAUUUUAUUUGGAUUACUAUGAUGAAAGUCCUUGAAACUGCACUAACUACGAUGCGAUGGAAUUAAGGCCGCAGUUUGUUUUCUAAUAAAUGAGAUGAUCUAAGAGGCUCAUCAGCAGGCUAAUAUUUGUAUGUAGAUGUAGCAUUCUGUUGCUACCUAAAAGAAAGAUGUCUUUUCUAGAAGAACUAGGGGCAAUCAAUCGGUUUCAGUUGAAGAAUGGAUUCAUACAAUAAUUAAUAAUAUGCAAUUUGAAAUCAUAACGAAUGGAUUGGACGAGCAAAAUCAAUUUCUCUGUUUCACGAUCCAUAUUCAGGAGAGCUUUUGACCGUAAUUAAAUUUUGAUUUCAAAUCAAGAUCAGUUGUUUGUUGAAGUUUCUGAAUAAACCCUUAAACGUUUCAUCUUUUUUAUCAAUUCAUUGUCUUUCACACACACUUUUUUUCAUAAUAUCGAUCACAUAAGAACAUAUGUUAACUAUUUAGGAACGUUGUUCCUAGAACCUAUGAUUAUUAAGGGAUUUCAUCGUUUAUAAACAUUAGGUUUACCAUUAUGUGCGGCAGUCAGCUGCUCAAGUUAGAAAACAGUCUUUGUUGACUAAAUAUUGAUUUUGUGACCUUGUUUGUAGUAAUUGACUUGUCCUUGGAUAUUUUGCAUCUUUAUCCUAUUAAAUGAACGUUUUUUUUAAAUUCUUUAAAUGGUUAUGUCUUUUUUGAGACUCUUUAACUCCAUUAUUUAUAGCUGUAUUUUAUAAGCCUAAUAGGUCAACAUCUGUUAAAUAUUGUAGAAGGAACUUCAUUGCAACUUAACUUAAUUAUAAGUAGACAAAUUUUGCUGGCCAAGUGGGGAUUGAGAUGCAUUUUGGAAGCAUUUGUUCUUAGUCUAUGAAUGUCUCUUUUUCUUCUAUUUUAUUCAAUUUUCGUCAUGAAUAUUGUGCAUGAGAGGACAUACGUUAGUGUGGUGGGUAGUAAAGUAGUUGAAACAAUGACUCAACUAUCAUUUUCAUAAAAAACAUAGUAUUCUGUCCUUUGAUUCAAGUCGUAUUACGUAUUACUUUCUUGUUUGUUAUUUGACAUUAAACGACAUAAACAUUGGACAUUACAGCACUCUCGAAUAUCGAUAAUAAAAUAUAUUUUACUGAAUGUUCCCAUAAAGAAAAUAUCCUAAAUAUUGCAACUGUUUUGCCGUUAACUGUAUAUUUAAGUAUAAGGGGCGAGUGGUAUAAAGGUGGAUCGAGCAUCGUAUUUUUUUAUGCUUACUCAAAAUGUUCUACUUAAGAGUGUAAUUUGAUUGUGAUUGUAUUAUUUGAUAUAAAAUGGUUGAUUAUUUUAGAUUUCCUGAUAAUUUUUAGUUUUUUGUAUAUUACUAACAAAUUGUUAUUUGCCUCUGUACUAAAGGUUAUAUUCUGGUUUUUUGUGAUUAUUGAAUUUAUUUUAAAGAAAGCAUUUUAUUUUUAUUUUUAUGAAUUUGGACUAGUCAGAAAAUGUACUUAAAUUAUUAUGGUUAGUAUACAAUUAUAUGACUCUCAGGUGCUAAACAAUUUUAUGUGUUGUUUAUUGUAUUUUGGACCAAAUUAAUUAGUUUUUACUAAAACAACUAAAAAAGUUUAUUUAGUUAUUUUUUAACUAAGAUCUAUUCCAUAGGUACAUUAGAUUCAAACUUCCAGAGUUGUCUUAAGGGUCGAUUUUACUUUCUAAUUAAUUAAUUAGUUUUGCUUCCCGACCUAAAUUAUGAUUAUAGUAACUCUCUUGUACAGAUUUGAUUGUUUUUUCAUUUAGUUUAAUUUAACGGUAGAAAAAUGUUUAGAAUUUAAUUAUUUUGUUGACUAUUUGUAUUACAAUAAUUAUUUAUAAAUAUGGCAGCCAUUUUUUGGCAGUGGCUGUGCGAGGAUAAGCGUGUUUGUUUUUAUGUAUUGUUCCUUGGUCAGGCCUUUUUUAAAAAGUAUUUGUACCAUGACUUUUUACAUAUACUUAUAUAUUUUUAAAUAUCUGUUGAUAUUAUUUAUUGGUACAAUUACUUUUAAAGAAAGUGUUGAUUAGGAUCUUUUUUGCCUAUGUGUAAAAAACGCCUUAAAAACAAUGUACAUGGUAGCGUAAGCAAUAUAUACAUAUUAUGUGCUUUAGAAUAAUUUAUUUUUAUUCUCACAGUUAAAAAUAAAUUUUAUUAAAGCACUUCUUUUUGAACUUAUUUCAACCAAGUACUGUUUAUAUUUAGCAAAUUUUUUUUCUAUUUACAUAUUUAAAGUAAUUAUAUCCGCCUUUUUACUGUUAAACAGUAUAUAGUUGAAUGAGCUUCAGCCACAUUUAUUAAAUACUUAAUAAAAAAAAUUAAAUACA